CUCACGAUGAAAGCCGAGAUUCUUUAGAAGUCACGAGACCGAUGCUUCUUCUAACAACCAGAGCAACAAUUUUUAUAGGUACAUGGAACAUCCGGACAAUGUGGUAGACCGGGAAGACCAGUCAAAUAGCAACGGAAAUGAGGAGAUACAACUUGGCAGUACUAAGAAUCAGCGAAACCCAUUGGACCCAAGCUGGACAACAAAGGCUAGAUACGGGAGAGAUGCUGCUAUACUCCGGUCACGAGGAGGAAAAUGCUCCACACACUCAGGGAGUUGCUCUAAUGCUGUCCAAAGUAGCACGAAAUGCACUUGUGGGAUGGGAAUCUCAUGGAUCCAGAAUCAUCAAAGCAUCAUUCAAAACAAAGGAGGGGAUCACAAUGAAUAUCAUCCAGUGUUAUGCAUCCACAAAUGAUAGCAACGACGACAGUAAGAAUCAGUUUUAUGAGAGGCUGCAACCGAUCAUAGAGAAGUGUCCAAGAAAGGAUCUCACCAUCCUCAUGGGAGACCUAAACGCCAAAACUGGAAUGGACAAUACUAGAUAUGAUGAUAUGGCACGGCAUAGACAGAAUGGGAAAGUUGAACGAGAAUGGUGACAGAUUGAUACAUUUGUGUGCAUUGAACAAAUUGAUUAUAGGUGACACAAUAUUCCCACACAAAAGUAUACGCAAAGCUACACGGGUCUCACCAGGGUACAACCACAGAGAAACAGAUAAA